AUGCAUCUCAUGUACACCCUCGACGGCGAAGGCAAGCGCACCUACACGCUGAAGAAGAUCACCGACGGCGAGGUCACCAAAUCCGCCCACCCUGCAAGAUUUUCACCCGACGACAAGUACUCCAGGCAACGAGUGACACUCAAAAAGCGAUAUGGACUGCUUAUCACUCAG